AGGUGACAGAGGCGGAGCUGCUAGAGGAGCCGCAGGCUAUUGGCAGACCUACUGCUGGCGUGUCUUCUGCUACACCGACGACUGCCGGAGAAGCCAGGAGCUUGGGGACGCCGCUCCUUGCUGAUUUAUUGACUGUUGGCAGACCUGCAGGUGUAGAACCAGCAGCGGUACCAGCCGCAGCGGCAGGCGCAGGCAGCGCAAUUCCCGCAAGUGUGACGAUUGCGGGAGAAACGGAUACGGAGGCUGACCCGGAGCCUAUUCGUGCUGCUAGAAAAAGACACCCGUUCGUGCGUCUGCCCACGCGAGCACCGGCGAUUCCACACUAUCUUUAUAUUGACUUUAAGGCCGCCGUUGGCAGUAGUCAGUCAAACCCUCGAAGCGCCGUGCGGUUGCUACGCCAGGUUCACGACCUGCUGGCGCAGCAGACUUUACUUGCUGAAGAUAUGGUUGAGUUAGUGGAGAUAACAGAAGGGCUGGUAUCUCAUGCGGUGAGCCGUCAAGGUGCAGACCUAUCGGAAAUGGAGAAUUUCCGCGCAGUUUCGCGGCUAGGGAUCCGUUUCCUCGUGCUCGAUGCUGUGGUCUCCGUGUUGAUAGUUCUCGGGCAAAGCCCAAACCCUGACGAUUGGGAGCGCUUCGUAUCAACCAUUAGCCACGCCAUGCCCCGACAUGCCGCAGGGCAAAAGUUUCGUGGGCAGGCCGCUUUCUUCGCAGAACUGACUGCGCAACUCUGCAGUGGAAUACAGAAGCUCAAGAGGGGAAGGAGACCGGCCCCCGCAGACCUCCUAAAAGUAAAGCGGAUGCUCUUCUGCUCCUCCUUCUCGCCUGCGUAUUUCAAAGAAGGUUCAUUUGACAAGUGGAGGCUAGACGACAGCAGUGCCACCGACGGGCCCUAG